UUGUACACAUCAUCUGUUAAUUGAAGGAGCCCCUCCUACCCUCGCCAGUUCUAACACCAGGGUAGAACGUCAUGACAUGAAUACCCUAAGCCUGCCCCUGAACAUCCGCCGAGGGGGGUCAGACACCAACCUCAACUUUGAUGUACCAGAUGGCAUCCUGGACUUCCACAAGGUCAAACUCAAUGCGGACAGCCUGAAACAAAAAAUUCUAAAAGUAACAGAGCAGAUAAAAAUCGAGCAAACAUCCCGCGACGGGAAUGUUGCAGAAUAUCUGAAACUAGUCAGCAGCGCGGACAAGCAGCAGGCUGGCCGUAUCAAACAGGUCUUUGAGAAGAAGAAUCAGAAAUCAGCUCACUCCAUUGCCCAGCUACAGAAGAAGUUAGAACAGUAUCACAGAAAGCUCAGGGAGAUCGAACAGAACGGAGCCUCCAAAAGCUCAAAGGACAUUUCCAAGGACAACCUGAAGGACAUCCAGCACUCUCUGAAAGAUGCCCACGCCAAGUCUCGAACUGCUCCCCACAGCCUAGAGAGCGGCAAAUCGGGAAUGCCAGGGGUCUCCCUUACUCCACCGGUGUUUGUCUUCAAUAAGUCCAGAGAGUUUGCCAACUUGAUCCGGAAUAAAUUUGGCAGUGCAGACAACAUCGCUCACUUAAAAAAUUCCUUGGAGGAGUUUAGGCCCGAGGCGAGUGCCAGGGCCUAUGGGGGCAGCGCGACCAUUGUGAACAAACCCAAGUACGGCAGUGAUGAUGAGUGUUCGAGUGGCACUUCGGGCUCUGCCGAAAGUAAUGGCAACCAGUCGUUUGGGGCCAGUGGAGCUGGCAUGCUGGACAGCCAGGGGAAGCUCACCGUGAUCCUGGAGGAACUGAGGGAGAUCAAGGAUACCCAGGCACAGCUGGCCGAGGACAUCGAGGCGCUGAAGGUGCAGUUUAAGAAAGAAUAUGGUUUUAUUUCUCAGACCCUGCAAGAGGAGAGAUACAGGUACGAGCGACUGGAAGACCAGCUCCAUGACCUGACGGACCUGCAUCAGCAUGAGACAGCCAAUCUGAAACAGGAGCUGGCCAGCAUCGAGGAGAAGGUGGCCUACCAGGCCUACGAGCGCUCACGGGAUAUCCAGGAAGCUUUGGAAUCCUGCCAGACGCGCAUUUCCAAGCUGGAGCUCCACCAGCAAGAGCAGCAAGCUCUGCAGACAGACACAGUGAAUGCCAAAGUGCUUCUGGGGAAGUGCAUCAACGUGAUCCUGGCCUUCAUGACCGUCAUCUUGGUGUGUGUGUCCACCAUCGCAAAGUUCGUCUCACCCAUGAUGAAGAGCCGCUUCCACAUUCUUGGCACUUUCUUUGCUGUGACUCUUCUUGCAAUAUUUUGUAAAAACUGGGACCAUAUUCUGUGUGCCAUAGAAAGGAUAAUAAUACCUAGAUGAAGCCACCAGUUCCUUUAUUCAAGUUUUUUCAAGUUUUUAUUUAAAUUAAAAAAAAAAUCUGUGCGUAUUACCAAAUUUUAAAAUGAACAGUUUUGCCAACUGAAGAUUACACAAAGGACUGGGACCGUGCGUUGUAAAUAACUGUAAUUCUCUUAACUCGGUAGCAGAUGCCGGCUUAGGCCUGUUUACCUGGUUAACGUGACUGUUCCCAAGCCCUUCCCCCACAUUGCUCGUGGCCUUAAUCAGACCAGAUCUCUGUCCACCUGACUUGCCCAGCAUGGCAGGCCUCUGGUUAUUGAGCACUUGGCACAAUUAGUGACCCAGAAGAAAAGGGAAUUUAAAUCUCUUUCUCUCUCAAGUCUCUCAAAAUCGGAUUCACCAUUGUUAGUGGUGGCGUUUUCCCUGAGUCCUGUAAGCAGCAAGGACAUGGCACGACUCUGGGAAGGGAAGAGGCCCGUGAGUCGGCCGUGUUGAACACUAGUGGCCUGUGGAAGUACAGUAAGUCCCGUGUAAUCCAUCCCACUGCUCCACACUUGACCAUAGGUCCCAUAUGAGCUGAGUGGUCAAUUGUGUGUAACACUCUGUAACAUGGACAUCUUACACACCUGUUUAUCCAAAGUCUAACUUACUUGUUCUGUUGCACUUUAAGACAUGAGGAUGUGUGAAUGAGGCAUUUGCCGUCUUACGCCUAGGGAGCCAUAUAUCCGAUUUCAUCUUAACUGACUAUCAAAUGCCCAGCCUUCAAAGCAUCUAGAAAUGCUUCCAAAUCCCUCAUCAAACUGUGGCUUUAACAUUACUUUGGGGUCCUGUAAGCACUACUGCAGAGGUUUGUGUUUUGGCAAAUCUUGGUUGUGAUAAACCUCCUUUGAGGAUGUGAUUCACUGUGUUCCCAGGCCUGUGGGGGAUUGUGAGGCUUACUCAGUAGAUGAAAACACAGGAUGCUCUUGUUGCAGGGUUGUUGUUGUUUUUUGUUUUGUUUUGUUUUAAGAAAGACAACAGAAUCAUAGUUUAUGAAGCUAAAGUGUGUUAAGGUAGGAACACUGGAAGCGGAAGGAAGAUAUGACAUGUGAUCUAAUUGGAUCGGCGGGAGCAGUUCACCUGAGUGAAGAUUGAGAGGGUCCACUUAGGACCCUGAAAGACCAGCAAGAAUAAAAUAAAUUAGAUCCAGUGUCUGA